ACCAGGCUCGCUCUCGCCCAGUGCUGCUCAGGAGGGAAGACUGGAGAGGCUUUGCUCCUAAGGAUAUUUACUAGAUGUUGCUGUGAGUGGGGGAGAGACAGAAGAAUAACCUCAGAAUGGAGGAAGAAGAAUAUGAGGAAGUUGUGGAGUACUACAUUGAAGAGACAAUUAUUGAGGAGGGUGAACCGGAGGAGGUGAUCACUGAGAUCACUGAGACCAUUAGUACAGAGGUCACGGGUCCUCAGACUACCACCUAUACUAUUGAGCAUGGAAAACCUACUAUUGAGCGUGGAAAACCUACUAUUGAGCGUGAAAAAUCUACUACUGAGCAUAAAAAACCUUCUGUUGAGGAUGCAGCACCUCCAGUCAGAAAGAGGACAGUACGGACAAAAGUGGACCCAUCUAAGUUUUUGACACCUUAUCUGCAACACAGUAAUAAAAUGAAGGACCUAUUCAGUGAGAACAAGUACAAAGAAAAAUUUAGAAAAGAAAAAGGAAAGCCAUAUGCUUCCACAAUUGAUACGCCAGAAAUGCGGAGAAUCAAGAAAGUGCAAGACCAGCUCAGUGAGGUUAAAUACCGCAUGGCUGGUGAAGCUGCUAGAACUGUUUGCCACGUUGAUGAAAAGGCCAAGGAUAUAGAACAUGCAAAGAAAGUGUCACAGCAAGUGAGCAAGGUAUUAUAUAAACAGAAUUGGGAGGAGAGUAAGGACAAGUACUUGCUUCCCCCUGAUGCUCCAGAGUUUGUGAAUGCAAUAAAAAACACAGCAAUGUUCAGUAAGAAACUCUAUACUGAAGACUGGGAAGGAGACAAAACAUUAUUCUAUCCAUACAAUGACAGUCCAGAGCUCAGAAGGGUGGCACAGGCUCAAAAGUCUCUGAGUGAUAUUGUCUACAAAAAAGGGCACGAUGAACGAAAAUCUAAAUUUACUCCUCUGCCAGAUCCACCUGAUGUGGAACAAGCCAAGAAAGUGACAAGGCAGCUGAGUGAUAUUAUUUACCACAAGGACUAUAAAAACAAUAUCAAAGGCAAGUGGAGUCAAACUCCAUGCUAUGAUGUUGCAAUUGCGAAAAUGAAUGCAGACAAUAUAAGUAUGCGAAAAUACCAGGAAGACUUUGAAAACAUAAAAGACCAAAUCUACUUUAUGCAGACUGAAACUCCAGAAUAUGAAGCUAAUAAGCGAGUUUCAGAUAAUGUCAGUAAGGUAAAAUACAGAGCAGACUAUGAAAAGAAUAAAGCUAUUGCAGAUUAUAAUGUGCUUCCUGCUACAGAGAACCCAUUGCUGAGGCAAUUAAAAGCUGCAGGAAAUGUGCUGAGUGAUAAAUUAUACAAAGAAGCCUAUGAACAGUCAAAAGGAACCAGCAUGAAUUACUGUGACACACCAAAGUUCCAGACUGAUACUGUUCUGAAGAAUUUUAGUGACGUAAAAUAUAAAGAUGCAUAUCAAAAGAAUAUUUUAGGACACUAUUUGGGCAGCUUUGAGGACCCGCAUCAUACUCACUGCAUGAAAGUUGAAGCUAUGAAGAGUGAUAAAAAUUACAAAGCAGAUUACGAGGAGGAAAAGACACAGUGCUACUUCCCUCAGACCAUAACUCAAGAGUAUGAAGCUAUUAAGAAGUUAGAGCAGUGUAAAGAUCACACCUACAAAAAGCAUCCCGAUCAAACCAAAUUUACUCAAGUGACUGACUCUCCAGUACAGAAGCAAGCAGAGAUCAAUAGCAAACAGCUGAGUGAUAUAAGGUAUAAAUCCAAAGGUGAAGAAAUUAUUCACAAGUACCACCUCCCUCCAGAUGUGCCACAGUUUAUACAGGCUAGAGUUAAUGCCUACAAUAUCAGUGAUAACUAUUACAAAACAGGAUUGGAAGAAUUGAAAUCAAGAGGAUAUGAUCUAAAAAGUGAUGCUAUUCCUAUCCGAGCUGCCAAGGCUGCUAGGCAGGCUGCCAGUGAUGUUAACUAUAAAAAGGCCUAUGAACUUGCCAAGGGUAAACUCGUUGGCUUCAAGAGCCUCCAAGAUGAUCCCAAACUCGUUCAUUAUAUGAAGGUAGCCAAGUUGCAGUCUGAACGAGAGUACAAGAAAGAUUAUGAGAAAACAAAAACUAGGAACAACAUUCCACUGGAUAUGGUCAACGUUGUCGGUGCCAAGAAGGCUCAAGAGAUUGCCAGCAACACUAACUACAAGAACCUCCUACACCACUAUACUUAUUUACCUGAUGCAAUGAAUGUGGAGCUGACCAAAAAUAUGAUGGAGAUUCAGAGUGAUAAUGCAUACAAAGCAGAUUAUAAUAACUGGAUGAAGGGCAUUGGUUGGAUUCCCAUUGGCUCACUAGAAGUAGAAAAAGCUAAAAAAGCUGGAGAUGCCUUGAAUGAAAAGAAAUAUCGUCAGCAUCCAGACACCAUUAAAUUUACAAGUGUGGUGGACUCUCCGGUAAUGGUCCAAGCCAAACAGAAUUCAGUUCAGCUCAAUGAGAAACUAUACAAAUCUUCUGGAGAGGAAGUUAAACACAAAUAUACCCUUCCCCCAGAUGUCCCACAGUUCCUCCAAGCUAGAUACAAUGCAGCUAACGUCAGUGAUGCCUAUUAUAAACAAGGCUACCAUGAUCUAAUAGCUAAAGGGAACAAUGUGUCACUCGAUGCUAUUCCAAUUACUCGAGCCAAGGCUUCAAGAAACAUUGCUAGUGAUUAUAAAUAUAAAGAAGCAUAUGAAAAGGCUAAAGGAAAACAGGUUGGUUUCAGAAGCCUGCAAGAUGACCCUAAGCUUGUCCACUACAUGAAUGUAGGAAAGAUUCAGUCUGAGCGUGAGUACAAGAAAGACUAUGAGAAGACCAAGACUAACUAUCAUACGCCUGCUGACACGUACAGUAUCCAGGCUGCUAAACAGGCACAGGAUGUAGCUUCUAAUGCCCACUACAAAAAUCUGAUCCAUCACUACACUUACCUGCCAGAUGCCAUGGAUGUUGAGCUCGCAAAGAACAUGAUGCAAAUUCAGAGUGAUAAUGCAUACAAAGAAGAGUAUAACAGCUGGUUCAAGGGUAUUGGAUGGAGUCCUCUUGGUUCUCUGGAUGUUGAAAAAGCUAAAAAGGCUGGAGAUGCAUUAAACGAAAAGAAAUACCGUCAGCACCCAGACACCAUCAAAUUCACAAGCAUACCAGAUUCAAUACCAAUGGUCUUAGCACAGCACAACACCAAGCAACUGAGUGAUGUAACAUAUAAGCAAGAGGGUGAAAAAGUAAAACACAAAUACACCCUGGAUCCUGAUGUUCCUCAGUUUAUUCAAGCCAGGGUCAACGCCUUCAAUUUGAGUGAUGCUAACUACAAAGCGGACUGGAAAAAAACCAUUGCCAAAGGAUAUGAUCUGAAACCAGAUGCCAUUCCUAUUAUUGCUGCUAAAGCUUCUCGAAAUAUUGCAAGUGAUUACAAGUACAAGGAAUCAUAUGAGAAAGAUAAAGGCAAACAGGUUGGAUACCGGAGCCUGCAGGAUGAUCCUAAACUUGUUCAUUACAUGAAUGUGGCCAAAUUACAAUCAGAUCGUGAAUACAGGAAGGAUUACGAAGUCACCAAGACCAAAUAUCACACUCCUCUGGAUAUGUUCAGCGUGACGGCUGCCAAGAAAGCCCAGGAAGCAGUUACCAAUGCUGGCUAUAAACAGCUAAUUCACGAUUAUACACUCUUGCCUGAUUCUGUGAAUCUGGAGCUAUCAAGAAAUGUGAUGCAGAUUCAGAGUGAUAAUGUGUACAAAGCUGACUUUAAUAACUGGUUGAGAGGAGUUGGCUGGAUACCAAUCCAGUCACUUGAUGUAGAAAAGGCCAAAAAAGCUACAGAGAUUCUGAGUGAGAAGAAGUAUCGCCAGCAUCCCGACAAGCUGAAGUACUCUAUUACAAUGGAUGCAAUGGAACAAGUGCUGGCUAAGCAAAACGCCAAGACCAUGAAUAAGAGGCUCUACACGGAUAAAUGGAACAAGGAGAAGACCAGCAUUCAUGUUAUGCCAGAUACUCCAGAAAUUCUGCAGUCUAGAGUGAACCAGAUCACAAUGAGUAAUAAACUUUACAAAGCUGGUUGGGAGGAAGACAAGAAGAAAGGUUAUGACAUGCAGCCGGAUGCUAUUCCAAUAAAAGCAGCCAAAGCCUCCAGAGACAUUGCAAGUGAUUAUAAAUACAAACUAGCCUACGAAAAAGCAAAAGGAAAGCAUAUUGGGUUCCGUAGCCUUGAAGACGACCCCAAGCUGGUGCACUUCAUGCAGGUGGCUAAGAUGCAGUCUGAUCGUGAAUACAAAAAAGAUUAUGAGAAAGCAAAGACUAAUUUCCAUACGCCAGUUGAUAUGGUCAGUGUGGUGGCAGCCAAGAAAGCACAGGAAGUGGCUACAAAUGCAAACUACAAAAACUUGAUCCAUACCUACAAUGUUUUGCCUGAUGCAAUGAGUCUUGAACUAGCCAAAAACAUGAUGCAGAUACAAAGUGAUAAUCAAUACAGAGCAGAAUAUGAUGAAAGUAUGAAGGGUAUUGGAUGGAUGCCACUGGGCUCCCUGGAAGCUGAGAAGAACAAAAAAGCAAUGGAAAUUGUUAGUGAAAAGAAGUAUCGCCAGCAUCCAGACAAGUUAAAGUUUUCUGUUCCUAUGGAUUCCAUGAAUAUGGUCUUAGCCUUAAAUAAUGCUAAAAUCAUGGAUGAGCACAAGUACAAACAAGCAUGGGAAGAAGACAAAAAGAAAGUUCACAUCAUGCCAGAUAUUCCACAGAUUGCUUUAGCAAAAGCUAAUGCAUUUAAUUUAAGUGAUAAAAUGUACAGACUUUCCUUUGAAGAGUCUAGGAGGAAAGGGUAUGAUCUCAGAGCUGAUGCUAUCCCUAUUAAGGCUGCCAAAGCUUCUAGGGACAUUGCUAGUGAUUAUAAAUACAAAUUAGGUUAUGAACAAGACAAGGGAAAACUUGUAGGCUUCCGCAGCCUUCAGGAUGACCCCAAACUUGUCCAUUAUAUGCAAGUGGCAAAGAUGCAGUCUGAUCGUGAAUACAAGAAAGCUUAUGAGAUGAGCAAGACACAUUACCAGACACCUUCUGAUACACUCAGCAUCGUGGCAGCUAAGGAGGCCCAGGAUCGUGUAACCAAUACCAACUACAAACGACUGAUUCACCAAUAUAUGCUUCUACCAGACGCAAUGAGUUUAGAACUGUACAGAAACAUGAAUCAGAUACAAAGUGACAAUGAGUACAAGCAGGAUUACAAUGAGUGGUUCAAGGGUAUCGGUUGGAGUCCUGCUGGUUCUCUGGAUGUGGAGAAAUCUAAGAAAGCCACAGAAAUUGCAAGUGAUCGGAAAUACCGCCAGCAUCCCAGCAUGUUCCCCUUUACAAAACAGAAUGAUGCCAUGGACAUGGUCCUUGCAAAGCAGAAUGCAAAUAUAAUGAACAAACAUGCGUAUACUCAAGCUUGGGAGAAGGAUAAAACUCAGGUUCACGUGAUGCCAGAUACACCAGAUAUUCUACAGGCAAAACAGAACAAGACAAACUACAGUCAGAAACUAUACAAGCUUGGCUGGGAGGAGAUGAUAAAGAAAGGCUAUGACCUCACGCCUGAAGCCAUUUCAGUGAAAGCUGCCAAAGCUUCAAGGGACAUUGCAAGUGACUACAAGUACAAAGAAGGUUACCGCAAGCAGCAGGGACAUCACAUUGGAUUCCGCAGCUUACAGGAUGAUCCUAAGAUGUUGUGGUCUAUGCAAGUAGCUAAGAUGCAGAGUGAGAGGGAGUACAAGAAAGAUUUUGAAAAGUGGAAGACAAAGUUUAAUAUGCCCGUGGAUAUGUUAGGCUUCCUUCUGGCUAAGAAAUGUCAGGAAUUGGUUAGUGAUAUAGACUACAAACGAAUACUACACCGCUGGACUUGUCUGCCAGACCAGGUUGAUGUCACCCAGGCAAAGAGGGUCUAUGAACUACAGAGUGAUAAUCUGUAUAAGUCAGACCUACAAUGGCUCAAAGGCCUUGGAUGGAGUCCUCUGGGAUCUUUGGAAUCUGAAAAGAACAAGAAAGCCUCUGAAAUACUGAGUGAAAAGAAAUACCGGCAGCACCCAGAUACUAUUAAAUUCACAAGUAUCCCAGAUGCCAUGGAUGUCAUUUUAGCAAAAUCUAAUGCCAAAAACAGAAGCGAUAUACUGUACAGAGAAGCUUGGGACAAGGACAAGACUCAGGUUCACAUCAUGCCUGAUACUCCUGAAAUCCUUUUGGCUAAAUCAAACUUAAUUAACACAAGUGAUAAACACUACAAGUUAGGAUAUGAAGAGCUGAAGAGGAAAGGCUAUGAUCUUCCUCCUGAUGCUAUACCCCUCAAGUCAGCAAAGGCAUCCCGAGACAUAGCCAGUGAAUACCAAUACAAAACUGCGUACCGAAAGCAGCUUGGGCACCACAUCGGGGCCCGGAACAUCGAGGAUGAUCCAAAGAUGAUGUGGUCAAUGCACGUAGCCAAGAUCCAGAGUGACAGGGAGUACAAGAAAGCCUUUGAGAAGACAAAGACACACUUCAGUAGCCCAGUGGACAUGCUGGGAAUCGUGUUGGCCAAGAAAUGUCAGGAGCUGGUCAGCGACAUUGAUUACCGCCACUAUCUGCACCAGUGGAUCUGCCUGCCAGACCAGAACGAUGUUAUCCAUGCUAAGAAAGCCUAUGAUCUGCAGAGUGAUAACGUGUACAAGUCCGACCUCCUGUGGCUGAGGGGCAUUGGCUGGUCCCCAAGUGGUUCUCUGGACGAUGAGAAGAAUAAGAGGGCGAGCCUCAUCCUGAGUGACAAGAAGUAUCGGCAGCACCCGGACACCAUCAAAUUCACGAGCCUUCCCGACUCGAUGCCGAUGGUUUUGGCCAAGCACAACUCUGAAAUUAUGAACCAACGCUCGUACGUGUCAGCCUGGGAGAAGGAUAAAACCAGCGUUCACAUCAUGCCGGAUACACCUGGUAUUUUGCUGGCCCAGCAGAACAAGCUGAACUUCAGCGAGAAACUGUACAAGCUUGCGAUGGAGGAAGAGAAGAAAAAGGGCUAUGACAUGCGGGCAGAUGCCAUUCCUAUCAAGGCUGCUAAAGCUUCCAGAGACAUUGCAAGUGAUUACAAAUACAAAGAAGGGUAUCGCAAGCAGCUUGGGCACCACAUCGGGGCCCGGAACAUCGAGGAUGAUCCAAAGAUGAUGUGGUCAAUGCACGUAGCCAAGAUCCAGAGUGACAGGGAGUACAAGAAAGCCUUUGAGAAGACAAAGACACACUUCAGUAGCCCAGUGGACAUGCUGGGAAUCGUGUUGGCCAAGAAAUGUCAGGAGCUGGUCAGCGACAUUGAUUACCGCCACUAUCUACAUGGAUGGACUUGCCUGCCAGACCAGAAUGAUGUUAUCCAUGCUAGGAAGGCCUAUGAUCUGCAGAGUGAUAACUGCUACAAGUCUGACCUUGAAUGGCUGCGGGGUGUUGGUUGGGUCCCAAUUGGUUCCUUGGACGUUGAAAAAGCCAAGAAGGCAGGAGAGAUCUUGAGUGAUAAAGUGUACCGUCAGCCUCCAGACACAAUCAGGUUUACUAGCGUCCCCGAUUCUCUACAGAUGGUCUUAGCCAAGCAGAAUGCAGAGACAAUGAACAAGCGUUUAUAUACUGAGGCCUGGGAUAAAGACAAGACACAAAUCCACAUCAUGCCUGAUACACCUGAAAUCACACUGGCAAAGCAGAACAUGCAAAACUACAGCGUGAAACUCUACAAACAGGCCAUGGAAGAAGCAAAAAAGAAAGGCUAUGAUUUGAGGAGUGAUGCUAUCCCCAUUCAAGCUGCCAAAGCAUCCAGGCAAAUUGCCAGUGAUUACAAAUACAAAGAAGGGUAUCGCAAGCAGCUUGGGCACCACAUCGGGGCCCGGAACAUCGAGGAUGAUCCAAAGAUGAUGUGGUCAAUGCACGUAGCCAAGAUCCAGAGUGACAGGGAGUACAAGAAAGCCUUUGAGAAGACAAAGACACACUUCAGUAGCCCAGUGGACAUGCUGGGAAUCGUGUUGGCCAAGAAAUGUCAGGAGCUGGUCAGCGACAUUGAUUACCGCCACUAUCUAGCUGAUGCCAUUCCCAUCAAACAGGCCAAGGCUUCCAGAGACAUUGCUAGCGAGUACAAGUACAAAGAAACACACGAGAAGCAGAAAGGCCACUACAUCGGGUGCCGCAGUGCCCAGGAGGAUCCCAAGCUGGCGUGGGCGGCGCGUGCCAUGGUGCUGCAGAACGACCGCAUCUACAGGAAGGCGUACCACGACUCCAAGGCCCAGGUCCACAUCCCGGUGGAUGCCAUGUCGGUGCAGGCGGCCAAGGAGUGCCAGACGCUGGUCAGCGACGUGGAUUAUCGCCACUACCUGCACCAGUGGACCUGCCUGCCUGACCAGAAUGACGUGAUCCACGCGAGGAAGGCCUACGACCUACAGAGUGAUGCUGUCUAUAAGUCAGACCUAGAAUGGCUCCGUGGAAUUGGCUGGUUGCCUAAUGACUCUCCGGAUGUGAAGAGGGUGAAGCAUGCCCAGGAGCUCCUGAGUGAUAAUGUGUAUCGCACACCUAUUGAAAGCCUCAAAUACACCAGUGUUACUGAUUCUCCGGAUGUUGUUCUAGCGAAAGUGAACGCCGAGCAAGUCAGCAUUCCAAAAUACAAAGAAGCCUGGGAAAAGGACAAGAUUAUGAUCCAUAUUACACCAGACACACCUGAAAUCAACCUAGCCAAGAGUAAUGCUGUUAAUUAUAGCCAGAAAAUGUAUAAAGACGCUUGGGAUGAGUUGAAGACAAGUUAUGAUUUGAGAGCAGAUGCAAUCCCAAUCAAGGCAGCCAAAGCUUCUAGAGAAAUUGCUAGUGAUUAUAAAUACAAACUGGAACACGAGAAGCAGAAAGGACAUUACGUUGGUGUUCCAAAUGCAAAAGCAGAUACAAAAAUGAAUUUUGCCCUGGGCAUAGGCAAAGUUCAGAGUGAACUGGAAUACAAGAAACACUUUGCCAAAUGGAAGACGCAGUGCCACCUACCAGUAGACAUGCUGUCUGUCCUGGCAGCUAAACAUGGGCAGUCUUUGGUCAGUGAUGUUGACUACCGUCACUACUUGCAUCAGUGGAUCUGUCUCCCGGAUCAGAAUGAUGUCAUACAGGCUAGGAAAGCCUACGAUCUUCAGAGUGAUGCUAUUUACAAAUCUGAUUUAGAAUGGCUCCGGGGAAUUGGAUGGUUGCCAAAUGAUUCAGUUGGAAUCAACCAUGUCAAACACGCUGGAGAUCUCUUGAAUGAGAGAAAGUACCGUACAAAAGCCGAAACUCUUCCAUUUACUCCAGUGGCAGACAGAGUUGAUUAUAUCACAGUAAAGAACAGUGGUGAAAUUCUUAGUGAUAUUAAAUACCAUAAAGCAUGGAAUGAGAUCAAGUCAAAUUACACUCUAACAGAUACACCUCAACUAGAUAUGGCUCGAGAGGCAGCCAGAAUUCUUAAUCAGAAUUUAUACAAGGAGAGUUGGGAGAAAGAAAAAGCCACUGGUUACCUCUUACCUCCUGACACUGUGCAGAUCUGUCAUGCCAAACGCUCAAAUGAUGUCCAGAGUGAGCUAAAAUACAAAGCUGAAUAUGUCAAACAAAGAGGUCACUAUGUUGGAGUUGCCAGUAUGAGAGAUGAUCCAAAACUGGUGUGGUUCGAGCAUGCAGGCGAGAUCCAGAAUGACAGAUUGUACAAAUCCGACUAUCACAAAACCAAGUCCAAAAUUCACAUCCCUCCGGACAUGGUGUCAGUUGUAGCAGCAAAGGAAUGUCAGACUCUGGUCAGUGACGUCGACUACCGCCAGCACCUGCAUGAAUGGACAUGCCAUCCUGACCAGAAUGACUGCAUCCAGGCAAGGAAGGCCUACGAUCUGCAAAGUGAUAAUAUUUAUAAAUCUGAUUUGGAAUGGCUUCGUGGCUGUGGUUGGAUUCCUCUGGAUUCAGUGGAACAUAAGAAAGUUAAGAAUGCCCAAGAACUGAUAAAUAAGAGAGCAUACACCAAAGAAGCCCUUGAUAACUUUUCCAAUUACACCAGUGUGGUUGACACUCCUGACAUCGUUUUGGCAAAGAUUAACUCUGUCAAUCAGAGUGAUCUAAAAUACAAAGAAACAUUUAACCUUGAGAAAGGCAUUUUUAUUGGGUCUGAUGAUACUCCUGCGCUGAACCAUGCCAAAGACAUGUCCUUACUGUACAGUGAUAAACUUUAUAAAAAAGCUUGGGAAGUUAGCAAGCCCAUUGGGUAUACUUUGGAUGAGAAAUAUAUUCCAGUUGUCAGAGCGAAGCGUGCAAACUACAUAAAUAGUGAGCUUAAAUACAAGGAAAUAUAUGAGAAGCUGAAAGGCCAUUACCUGGCUGGGAAGGACAUUGGUGAUUUCCCCAGCGUUGUUCAUUCGCUGGCAUUCCAGAAAAUACGGAGCGCGUUGGCAUACAGGAAGAAUUAUGAAGACACCAAAGCAAAUGUCCAUAUUCCAAGUGACAUGAUGAAUCACGUGCUAGCCAAGAAGUGCCAGUAUAUCCUCAGUGAUCUUGAAUACCGGAUUUACCUCCAUCAGUGGAAUUGUUCCCCCGAAGAAAAUGAUGUUAUUCAAGCCAGAAAAGCCCAGGAAAUUUUGAGUGAUGUGGUGUAUAAAGACGACUUAAAUUGGCUGAAGGGAAUUGGAUGUUAUGUCUGGGAUACUCCACAAAUCCUGCAUGCGAAAAAAUCCUAUGACCUUCAGAGCCAAAUAAAAUAUACAGCUGCAGGAAAAGAGAAUCUUCAGAACUUUGGUGUUGUCACUGAUACACCUCUCUAUGUGACAGCAGUGCAGAGUGGCAUAAAUGCUAGUGAUGUGAAAUACAAGGAAGAAUACCACAAAAUUAAGGACCAGUAUACAACUGUGACCGAAACAGUGGAUUCUGAAAGAGUUCAAAAUUUGAAACAUCUCUUUAGCAAUAAUAUCUACAAGAAAGCCUGGGAAAAAGUGAAAGCUACUGGCUAUAUAAUGCCCUCUGAUGCCGUAUCCCUAGCACGUGCAAAAGAACUGAAGCAUAAUGCUAGUAUUGUAAAAUACCGAGAAGAAUAUGACAAGUUUAAAGCACUGUACACACUGCCCAGAGGUGUUGAGGAUGACCCCAAUACAGCAAGGUGCCUUAGAGUUGGAAAGCUUAAUAUUGAUCGUCUGUACAGGGAAGUCUAUGAAAAGAACAAAGCCAAAAUCCACAUUAUUCCAGACAUGGUAGACAUAAUUUCUGCUAAGGAUGCACAGAAGAAAAUCACUGAAAUUGAUUACCGCACGCAUCUCCAUGAAUGGAUCUGUCUGCCAGAUCUUCAAAUGAAUGCCCACGUUCGAAAAGUCACAGAUCAAGUCAGCGAUGUGAUAUACAAGGAUGAUCUUAACUGGCUGAAGGGCAUUGGCUGCUUUGUUUGGGACACGCCUGAAAUUCUCCAUGCCAAACAUGCCUACGAUCUUCGCAGUGAUAUUAAGUACAAAUCUAAGGCAGAACAAAUGAAGAGCAACUACACUGUGGUCAUGGACACUCCUGUCUAUGUCCAAAAUGUCCUCAGUGGCUUGAAUUCAAGUGAAGCUGUCUAUCGUGGUGAAUAUAUACACAAUGUUAAAGGCAAAGUGAUUCCUACUGAUAAAACGGUAGAUUUGGAGCGGGCAUAUCACGCGAACAAAAUACAGAGUGAAAAUUUGUAUCGCUGGGCUGGUGUGAAUGCUCUGCCUACUGGCUACAGCCUCCCCACAGAUACCCCUGGCUUUCAGCACGCUAAACACGUCCAGUACAUUGGCAGCGACCUGAAAUAUAAAGAAGCCUAUGAACACAUGAAAGCUAAAGGCUAUACUCUGGGACCUAAAGAUGUUACGUUUGAAAAUGUGAAGAAAGUGAAUCAAGCCAUCAAUGAGAGGUUGUAUCGGGCAACGUACCACAAGUAUAAGGACAAGAUUCAUACCACACCAGACACACCAGAAAUCCGUCAAGUCAGAGCAACACAGGAAGCUGUCAGCGAUCUGAUCUACAAGUCAGAUCUGUUUAAGAUGCAGGGACACUUGAUUUCCUUGCCCUACACUCCCCAGGUGUUGCACUGCCGCUAUGUUGGGGACAUCACAAGUGAUAAUAAAUACAAAGAGGAUCUGAAGUGGUUGAGGGGCUUGGGUUGUUUCCUGUAUGAUACUCCUGAUAUGGUCCGUGCUCGUCACCUGAGGAAGCUUUGGUCUAAUUAUAUAUACACUGAUACUGCAAAGAAGAUGUGGCCUAAAUACAAUGUGGUAUUAGAUACUCCUGGAUACAGGGCAGUUCAGGAACUAAAAACCCAUUUGAGUGAACUGGUUUACAGAGCUGCAGGCAAGGAGCUGAAGACAAAAUACACUUCCAUCCUUGAUACGCCUGACUUCUUAAGAGCCAAGCAAGGACAAAAAAUACAGAGCCAGUACUUGUAUGUGGAACUUGCCACAAAAGAGAGACCACAUCAUCAUGCUGGUGGCCAGACUCCAGCUUUUACACAUGCUAGGCACGUAAAGGACAUGGUCAGUGAGAAAAAGUAUAAAACCCAGUAUGAGAAGAUGAAGGACAAAUACACGCCUGUCCCUGACACACCAGUCUUGAUCAGAGCCAAGAGAGCGUACCUGAAUGCCAGUGACUUGCGCUACAAAGAAACCUUUGAGAACACUAAGGGCAAAUACCACACAGUGAAAGAUGCUUUGGAUAUUGUCUAUCAUCGAAAGGUCACCGAUGACAUUAGCAGUGUGAAAUAUAAGGAAAAUUAUAUGAGCCAGCUAGGAAUCUGGAGAUCGAUCCCGGACCGUCCAGAGCAUUUCCAUCAUCGCGCGGUCACGGAUGCUGUCAGUGAUGUUAAAUACAAGGAAGACUUAUCAUGGCUCAAAGGCACUGGCUGCUAUGUGUGGGAUACUCCAAGUUUUGUUCUGGCAGAGAAGAAUAAGGUGCUCUACAGUGGGUGUAAAUACAAGGAGAUAUUUGAGAAGACUAAGUCUCAUUUUAAGUAUGUAGCUGACUCUCCAAUUAACAAGCACUUUAAAUAUGCAACUCAGCUGGUGGAUGGGAAGUUAUAUAAAGCUGCCUAUGAGAAGCUCAAAGACAAGUACAGCGUUAUUGUGGAUGAUCCUCGGAACCUCCUGGCCAAGUGGGGGACUGUUCUGAGCAGUCAGGUUGAAUAUAAAAAGGAGUAUGAAAAGAAGAAGGACAAGUAUACUACGAUUGUGGAUACUCCAGAACACUUAAGGACUACAAAAGUCAACAAACAGAUUAGUGAUAUUAUUUACAAGUUGGAAUAUAACAAGGCAAAGCCUAGAGGCUACACCACAAUCCAUGACACACCGAUGUUAUUGCAUGUGCGCAAGGUCAAGGACAGAAUAAGUGAUCUGAAAUACAAAGAAGUGUAUGAGAGGAAUAAAUCUCACUGCAAUGUCAUAGCGGAUUCAGUUCAUAUUAAGACUCCAAGGCAUGCUUACAAGCUAAACAGCAACCUGGAUUAUAAGAAAAAAUAUGAAGCAGCCAAGGCUCAUUGGCACUGGAUUGCUGAUAGGCCUGACUUUAUUCAAGCAGCCAAGUCGUCUCUGCAACAGAGUGAUUAUGAAUACAAACUGGACCGGGAAUUCCUAAAGGGAUGCAAACUCUCUGUCACAGAUGAUAAAAACACAGUAUUGGCCUUAAAUAAUGCCAUCUUGGCGAGUGAUAUAAAAUACAAAGAGAAGCACAACAAAGCUCGAGGAACGUACCAUGUUGUUCCGGAUACACCUCAGAUCCUCCUGGCUAAGAAUGUCAGCUCUCUUGUAUCUGAGAACAAAUACAAAGAACAUAGCAAGAAGCAGCUUCCACAUGGGUCUUAUACAACCCUGCCAGAGACACGAGACACUGCUCAUGUGAAAGAGGUGACCAAGAAUGUCAGUGAAACAAACUAUAAAAAGAAGUUCGUGAAGGAGAAAGGCAAGUCUAAUUAUUCUAUCAUGCUGGAGCCUCCUGAAGUGAAACAUGCCAUGGAAGUUGCUAAAAAACAGAGUACAAUUGAAUACAAGAAAGAUGCCAAAUCAAAGCUCCACUACACACCUAUAGCAGAUCGACCAGAUAUUAAGAAAGCAACUCAAGCUGCCAAGUUAAUUAGUGAUAUUGAAUACAAAAAACGUGGAGAAGCUGGCAUUGGUGUAACCAUGCUGGGACGUCCAGAUAUUGAACUAGCAAAGGAGGUGUCCAAACUAACCAGCCAGGUGAAAUACAAGGAGAAUUUUUCCAAAGAGAUGGGUAAAAAGCCGAAGUAUGAUUUAAAGGAAGCUAAAAUCUACAAGACCAUGAAAGAUGCUCACAACAUGGCUAGUGAGGUGAAAUACAAAGCAGAUUUAAAGAAACUUCACAAGCCUGUCACAGACAUGUCGGAAUCGCUGAUCAUGAACCACGUCCUGAGUACAAGCCAGCUCGCCAGUGCUUACCAGUACAAGAAGCAAUAUGAGAAGAGUAAGGGUCACUACCAUGUGGUGCCAGAUAAUCUUGAACAGGUUCAUCUAAGGGAGGCAUCAGAACUACAGAGCCACGUGAAAUACAGAGAAAAGUAUGAGAAAGAGAAAGGAAAACCGAUGUUGGACUUUGAAACUCCAACAUACCUUACUGCAAAGGAAUCUCAGCUCAUGCAGAGUGAGAAAGAAUAUAAGAAGGACUUUGAAGAGUCCAUUAAGGGCAGAAACCUUACUGGCUUGGAGAUUACACCAUCCUUAUUACAUGUCAAAUAUGCCACCAAAAUAGCAAGCGAGAAAGAGUACAGGAAAGACCUGGAGGAAGGUGUCAAAGGUAAAGGACUAACAGCUUUAGAGGAGACUCCAGACAUGUUAAGAGCGAAGAAUGCAACUCAAAUCCUGAAUGAGAAAGCGUACAAAAAAGCCUUGGACUUAGAAAUCAGAGGAAGAGGCCUGACAGAACUGGCUUUGGAGACACCGGAUUUUGUGAGAGCAAAGAAUGCCACUGACAUUGCCAGCCAGAUCAAAUACAAACAACUGGCAGAAAUGGAGAAAGCCAACUACACCAGUGUUGUCGAUACUCCAGAGAUUAUUCAUGCCCAGCAGGUCAAGAACCUUUCGAGCCAGAAAAAGUAUAAGGAAGAUGCAGAAAGGACCAUGCCAUACUAUGUGCCUGUAGCAGACACACCAGAAAUGCAGAGAGUCCGUGAGAAUCAGAAGAACUUUAGCACACUUCAGUAUCAGUGGGACCUACAGAACAGUAAAGGAAAAGUUACAGUUGUACAAGACACCCCAGAAAUGCUGCGUGUGAAGGAAAACCAGAAGAAUUUCAGCUCGAUUUUAUAUAAAGAAGAUAUUGGAACUGGAACUACUAUUGAAAAGACACCAGAGAUGCAGAGAGUUAAACAAACCCAGGAUGCAAUCAGCUCGAUUAAGUACAAGGAGAGUAUUGGAAAAGGAACUCCAAUUCCUGAUCUCCCAGAAGUGAAGCGUGUCAAGGAGACACAGAAGCACAUCAGUUCGGUAUUGUACAAAGAGGACCUAGGGACAGGUAUCCCAACUCCUGUCACUCCAGAAAUAGAGCGAGUCAAACGCAAUCAAGAACACAUUAGCUCGGUGUUAUACAAAGAGGGCUUAGGGACUGGCAUCCCAACACCGGUCACGCCAGAGAUGGAGAGAGUCAAACGUAAUCAAGAGAACAUUAGCUCGGUGUUGUACAAAGAGGGGCUGGGGAUUGGAACCCCAGUACCUGUAACUCCUGAGAUGGAGAGGGUCAAACGCAAUCAAGAAAACUUUAGCUCGGUGUUGUACAAAGAGGAUCUGGGGACAGGAACCCCAACACCUGUCACUCCCGAGAUUGAAAGAGUCAAACGCAGUCAAGAACACAUUAGCUCGGUGUUGUACAAAGAGGAUCUGGGGACAGGAACCCCAACACCUGUCACUCCCGAGAUUGAAAGAGUCAAACGCAAUCAAGAACACAUUAGCUCGGUGUUGUACAAAGAGGAUCUGGGGACAGGAACCCCAACUCCUGUCACUCCUGAGGUUGAGAGAGCCAAACGCAAUCAAGAACACAUUAGCUCGGUGUUGUACAAAGAGAGCGUGGGGACUGGAACCCCCACUCCUAUCACUCCAGAGAUGGAAAGGGUCAAACGCAAUCAAGAAAUCUGUAGCUCGGUGUUGUAUAAAGAGAACAUAGGGAAAGCCACCCCAACACCUGUCACUCCCGAGAUGGAAAGAGUCAAACGCAAUCAAGAAAUCAUUAGCUCGGUUUUGUACAAAGAAAAUGUGGGGAAAGUGACCCCAACACCAAUCACUCCAGAGAUGGAGAGAGUCAAACGCAAUCAAGAAAUCAUUAGCUCGGUGUUGUACAAAGAAAACUUGGGGCGAGCAACCCCCACACCAAUCACUCCAGAGAUGGAGAGAGUCAAACGCAAUCAAGAACACAUUAGCUCGGUUUUGUACAAGGAACACCUGGCAAAGGGAACGCCAACACCGAUGACUCCAGAGAUGGAGAGAGCUAAACGCAAUCAAGAAAACAUCAGCUCGGUUCUUUAUUCAGACAGUUUCCGGAAACAAGUCCAAGGCAAAGCUGCCUACGUCCUGGAUACACCUGAAAUGCGGCGCGUGCGAGAGACCCAGAAACAUAUCUCUACAGUGAAAUACCAUGAAGAUUUUGAGAAAAGCAAAGGUAGUUUCACCCCGGUAGUCACUGACCCCAUUACGGAACGUGUGAAGAAGAACACGCAGGACUUUAGUGACAUCAGCUAUCGGGGCAUCCAGAGGAGGGUGGUGGAAAUGGAGCGGAAGCGCGUGGACCAGGACCAGGAGACUAUCACAGGCCUGCGGGUGUGGCGCACGAAUGCCGGCUCAGUCUUUGACUACGACCCAGCAGAAGACAACAUCCAGUCCAGAAGCUUGCACAUGAUCUCGGUCCAAGCCCAGCGCCGCAGCCGGGAGCACUCCCGCUCCGCCAGCGCCCUGAGCCUCAGCGGCGGCGAGGAGAGAUCCGAGCCCUCGGAUGGCGUGGAGCAACACCUGUCCUACUACAGCAACGGGGGCUGCUUCACCGCCACUGCUACAGUGGGCUACAAACAUGCUAAAACCAUCGAGUUACCCCAACAACGGUCAUCGUCAGUUGCCACCCAGCAAACCACGGUGUCCUCAGUUCCUUCUCACCCCUCUACUGCUGGGAAGACCUACCAGGCCAUGUACGACUACACAGCAGCUGAUGCCGAUGAGGUUUCCUUCAAAGAUGGGGACACGAUCGUGAACGUCCAAGCCAUUGAUGAGGGCUGGAUGUUUGGCACCGUGCAGAGGACGGGCAAGACGGGCAUGCUGCCGGCCAACUAUGUCGAAGCUGUGUAAACCCAGACCCUCUCAGCCCGAGAAAAGGGUUAGUAACUUC